AUGAAAAAAAUAAAAUGCAAGUCGUCAAGAAUUUUUCCUCCAGGAAUUCUCCAUUGUGCUCAGAGAACCGCAAGUCUUACUUACCAUCACUUCAUCAUUGUCUACGUAUUGACACUAGCAGAGAAUAUGGUCAUCAUUAUAACAAUCCGUAUUAGCUACUGCCCCCAUACCCCUAUGUAUUUCUUCUUGAACAAUCUCUCCUUUCUGGACAUGUGGUAUAUUACAGUUAUUGUUCCUAAAAUGCUUAGCAGCUUAUUGACAGGAUGCAAGAUCAGCUCUUUUGCAGGGUGCAUGGCCCAAAUCUACUUUUCCAUUGCAUUGGCCUGCACUGAAUGUCUGCUUCUGGCUGUCAUGGCUUAUGACUGCUUUGAGGCUAUUUGCAGCUCCUUGCUCUAUCCAACCAUCAUGACCUACGAGCUAUCUGCUCUCUUAGUUGCUGGCUUUUGGAUGGGAGGUUUUACCAGUUCCAUGCUCAAGGUCAUCUUCAUCUCACGCUUGAAUUUCUGUGACUCAGUCACCAACCGCUUCUGUGAUGUAUCACCCCUGCUCAACCUUGCCUGCAAGGAUAUGUCAAUGGCAGAGACAGUGGAUUUCAUUCUGUCAUUGAUUAUAAUUCUCGAACCAUUGCUUGUGGUGGUGGCCUCUUACUUCUGCAUAGCAGCUACUAUAAUGUGGAUCCCCACAGCUCUGGGGAAGUGGAAAGCUAUUUCAACCUGUGCUUCUCACCUGGUAGUUGUUGUCAUCCUCUACUCUACUACUCUGUUUACUUAUGCCUGGCCUAAGGCCAUGGGUUCCUUUGACUCCAACAAGAUGGUGUCAGUUCUAUAUACAGUUGUAAUAUCUUUCUGCAACCCUGUCAUUUACUACCUGAGGAACCAAGAUGUCAAAGAAGUACAAAGAAAAAUAAUAAAUGGCAGAAAUGUUCUUAACAAUAGGAGUUCUGUGUCCUUAAGAGAAAGGAUAACAUAA